GAACCCCUGGGUCAGGCCACAUCAUUGAGGCUGCAGAAUCUCUCCUCAUAGCCCACCCCACCUCUAUGCAGUUGUCCUGGUUGAAGCCUCCAGACGCCUUCCCAGCUUCUGGGAAAAGUGGAGCUGUUGGCAAGACAGACGGAGAGUUGAAGCCCAGAGGGGACAUGCCUGCUGAUGUGAAUUUAUCCCAGAGGCCCCAGGUCCUGGGUCCAGAAGAGCAGGAUGGCUCAUGCGAGAAAUCAGUGUCGUUAGAGGACGUGACCGUGGACUUCAGCAGGGAAGAGUGGCAGCAACUGGAUCCUUCCCAGAGACACCUAUACCAGGACGUGAUGCUGGAGAUCUGUAACCACCUCAUCUCAGUGGGGUAUCACAUUCCCAGCCCAGAAGUCAUCUUCAGGAUAGUAAAAGGACAGGGGCAAUGGAUGGGGGAGGCUGAACUACCACAUCAGAGGUGUCAAGAAGGGAAGUUUGGGCUUGAAACCCCACAACAGGAAAUUCCUGAGAAAGCUUCGUUUCAAAAGGAUAUAGUGGGUGAAGUCACAAGAGAUGGUUCAUGGUGCUCCAUUUUAGAAGAACUGUGGCAGGAUGCUGACCAUACAAAGAGAGAUCAGCAAAAUCAAAUCCAACCCACGCGUCAUGGUGCUGUCUUCAACAAGAAAACAUUGAACACAGAGAGAGAUUGUGACUAUAAGGACGCUGGGAAAAUCAUUCACAUGAGGCCCCACCGUGUUUCUUCACAAAGAUCUCAGAAAUGUUGCUCAUUUGAAAAGAGUUUGAAGCCUAACCCAAAAGUAAAUGGUCAAAAUCAAAGCAAUGCCACAAUACAGCUUGAUGACAUUGUUGAAUCUGAUCAGCUUUUCACUCAUAGCUCUUCUGUUGCUUACAGCAAGAAUAUUCAUACAGGAGAGAAAUUCUGCAAAGGUAAUCAGUGUAGAAAAGUCUGUGGCCAUAAACAGUCAUUUACACAACACCAAAGUCAUGCUCAGGAGAAACUGAGUGAAUGUACUGAAUGUGGGAGGGUCUUCACCCAGAAAUCACACCUCCUCACCCAACAGAGAAUGCAUGGUGCAAAAUAUCUCCAUGAAUGCAGCAAAUGUGGAAAAGCCAUCACCCCACAACCAAAACUCAGUGUAUAUCUGACAGAUCAUACAGGUAAUGUACCCUAUAUAUGUCAGGAAUGUGGGAAGGUCUUCAUUCAGAAAUCAGAACUGAUAACACACCAGAAAACUCACACUAGAAAGAAGCCCUAUAAAUGCCAUGAGUGUGGAAAAGCCUUUUUCCAGAUGUUAUCUCUCUUAAGACAUCAGAGAACUCACAGUAGAGAAAAACUCUAUGAAUGCAGUGAGUGUGGCAAAGGCUUUUCCCAGAACUCGACCCUCCUUGUACAUCAGAAAAUUCAUACUGGUGAGAGACAGUAUGCAUGCAGUGAAUGUGGGAAAGCCUUCACCCAGAAGUCAGCACUCAGCUUGCACCAGAGAAUCCACUCGGGGCAGAAGUCCUAUGUGUGUAUUGAAUGUGGGCAGGCCUUCAUCCAGAAGGCACACCUGACUGUUCAUCAAAGAAGUCACACUGGAGAGAAACCUUAUCACUGCCACAACUGUGGGAAAUCCUUCAUCUCCAAGUCACAACUUGAUAUACAUCACCGAAUUCAUACAGGGGAGAAACCUUACGAAUGCAGUGACUGUGGAAAAACCUUCACCCAAAAGUCACACCUCAAUAUACACCAGAAAAUUCAUACUGGUGAAAGACACCACGUAUGCAGUGAGUGUGGGAAAGCCUUCAACCAGAAGUCAAUACUCAGCAUGCAUCAGAGAAUUCACACCGGAGAGAAGCCUUACAAAUGCAGUGAAUGCGGGAAAGCCUUCACUUCUAAGUCUCAAUUCAAAGAGCAUCAGCGAAUUCACACAGGUGAGAAGCCCUAUGUAUGCACUGAAUGUGGGAAGGCAUUCAACGGCAGGUCAAAUUUCCAUAAACAUCAAAUAACUCACACUAGGGAGAGACCUUUUGUCUGUUACAAAUGUGGGAAGGCUUUCGUCCAGAAAUCAGAGUUGAUUGCCCAUCAAAGAACUCACAUUGGAGAGAAACCUUAUGAAUGCCGUGACUGUGGGAAAUCAUUCAGUAAGAAACCACAGCUCAAGGUGCAUCAGCGGAUUCACACGGGAGAAAGACCUUAUGUGUGUUCUGAAUGUGGGAAGGCCUUCAACAACAGGUCGAAUUGCAAUAAACACCAAACAACUCAUACCAGAGAUAAAUCUUACAAACGCAGUUAUUCUGUGAAAGGCUUUACCAGGAAAUCAAUUCCUAGUGCAUCAGCAUAUUCAUAAAUGAAAGAUACUCCCUGAGUUUCUUGAUAAGAGUCAGAUCUAAUUGUGAUAGAUUCAUGCUUCAGAAAUUCUGGAAAUGCUUUUCAUAUAUAAACACAUCAUAAAGUCACACAUUAUUUUACAUGAGGGAAAUUACCUAGAAAAGAAUUUCGAAGAAUAAGUGGAAGUGUCCUUAAUUUGUACUAGCCUCAUUAAGUGUUAGAAAUUUCAUCCUGAGAAGAAACCCUGACUAAUAUGCGUUGAGAAAAGCCUUUCUACAGAAAAUGGUACAAGACAGAUUAUUGCCAGAUUAUUUAUAGGAAAGU